AUGGAGUCCCCAGGAUCUAAACAUCCCCGCAAUCUCUCCAGAUCAUCACGGCCGCGUAGCUCGACCAGAGGCCCUCUCGCCGGACCAGACGAUCCAUUGGCUGCCGAAACGCUAGAAACAGAUGCCUCGGAAUUGAAGACGGCAAGCCUUGGUGAAUUGACUGGGACCUCGUUCUACGAGUUAGAUCCUCUAGCACCGGAUGAUCUACAAGAAACCUUAGCGAAAGACGCAUCGUUUCUCCUCCGAUAUGACAUUUACCAUUCCCUUUCGCAAGUCGACAUCCCACCUGCGUUACGCUCAGAAUUCGUCGGUUUGAUACCGGACGAACCAUUGAUCACGACAUUAAGUACCGUUGAGAGACUACUAGCAGAGGGCCAUUUCCUAUUAGCCGCAUAUCUCUGCGGGUCGAUAUUAACAUCCUCCCUGGUCUCCCCUACAGAUAUCAAAUUGGUGUUUGGACUCUUCUACACCCGGCUAGCAUGUCUAGAGCUGUCCGGCCAUGCAAUUCUCGCAGCCCAGGAAUCCAAAGCCCUCGAAGAUCUCACCUCCGCAUUCUAUUACAUCGAUUUCGACUACCACACAGCAUCCGAUAAUACCCCGGACCAGAACCAUCCUAAACGCCUCCGUCAUAUAGCCCCGUGGCCAUUGCGCGUCCUAGCCGUGCGACUCCAGAGCAUCGGAUUUGGAGACUCACGGAGAGGUAUCGGCGGUCUAUACGACCUUGGUCUAGAAGCAUGGAGGGAAAUCAUGCGACCAGAGCUAAGCCGCGACGAAAAGAUAAUAUGGAAGGAGAGGCUAGCGGAUCUGGGUAUCCGAAGUGUGAAUGCGCUCGUUGAGAUGGGUGACUAUGAUUCUGCUAAGCGAUCACUUAAUAACCUGCGCACGUCUGGGAAAGCGAAUGAUGAGAAUAGAUUGAGGAAAGCGCUUUUGUUCCUUGUUAUUGGUGAUCUGGAUGGUGCAGUGGAGGUCUUUGGCGAGUCAGAUGAGAACGAGAAGGCUUUGUUCAAGCCGCUUCUCAGUAUGGCGGAAGGCAAUUACAAGGAUGCUGUUGUUGAAUGGCAGGAAUUGCUAGAGAGCCAACCCAAGAGACCUGACGAGGCGAUGAUCAAUCAGAAUCUGGCAGUGUGCUUGUUGUACACAGGGCAACUGAACGAGUCCCGGAAGCUGUUCGAGUCAUUAGUUUCAGCCGAUCACUCGUUUAGCAGCUUGAUAUUCAACAUGUCAACCGUCUAUGAACUCUGCUCUGAUAAAUCAGGGCAAAUGAAAGCAGGGCUUGUAGAGACUGUUGCUCGACAACCCAUUUCAGGACACGCCAACCUGGAUCGGUCUAAUGCUGAUUUCAAGCUGUGA